AUGCCUGGAAUCAAAUUGCAAGUUACUACUAUGGGCUGCCAUACUAGAAAUGGUCUUAUAACUGCAUUAGAACCUUGGUCAGCACAUACAACUCAAUUUACUUCUAUUGGUUGGAAAUAUUUAAAUCAUGACAGUGGCAUAGGUAAAUUACCAAAAAGUGGAUCUUAUGUUGGAUUGAUCAGCCCUGAUGGAACUGACCUAACCAUUGUAAUUGAAACCAUAACUCAUGACCACUCUAUUUGUCUAGGUCCUGGUAUACCCUGGUAUGAUGUUCACCCACAACUUGUAACUUUAAAUCUUAAAGGAAGUUUGUUUGUGUCUGACCAAGCAGUUCUCAAGUUAGGGCUUGAUGAAGUCUACAAACUGACCACUACAUCUACUGGACAAAAAGAAUCAUACACUGACCCCCUCCCUCCCAACCAUAUCCUCUGCCUUAUCUUGAUGACUUUGAAGAAAGAUCCACAAAAGCCUUGUAUUCUUAACACAGCUACUUGA